AUGAAAGUAGAAGAACUUCAAGGGUCACUGGAAGCUCAUGAAUUAAAGAUGUUAAACAGGAAUGCUGACAAGGCUAGUGAUGAACAAGCACUGCAGGUGGCUCCACUCAUGGCAAGGAAGCAGAAAAAGGAAUCUGAAUUGGAAGCACAUGUGGCCCAAGAUGAAUCGGAUGAAGAACCGGUUAUGUUGAUGGUUACUACACAGGAUGAGGAAUUCAUGUUAGAAAAUUGGUUCCUUGACACUGGAUGCAGCAAUCACAUGACUGGGCAUAAAAAGUGGAUUUCAAAUCUUGACACUAGCAGGAAAAGUAAGAUUAGUUUUGCAGAUGAUAACACAAUUGAAGCCGCUGAAAUUGGAGAUAUAGUAAUCAAGAAAGAUGGGAAGAGUGUUACUAUAAUUGAAAGCGUGUUGUAUGUUCCAGGGUGA